AUGAAAUUUAGCCAAAAGUGCUUUGGUGAUAACUGCAAGGGAUGUGAAUGGUCUAAUUCCCGAAAUGAGUUCACCGCGGCGAUUGCAGGCGCGUGCGCGCGUAAAUCCCUCGUCGGAGACUUCUCGAUCGGAUGUGCAAUCGGAAAGUCUUGAGUCAUCUCUACUCCGGCUCGUCAAUGAUCAUCAGAACUCCGCUAUACGACUCCGAGAACACACAGAGAAAUCGAAGAAAGAAGCGAUCAAGAGCGCGUCUCGCGUAUCAGAUCUGUUAGUGGAGGCUGUUAAUGGAGGCGUGGAAGAGUGUUUCGUGAACGAGAAGCGAAUCGAAGUCGAAAUCCGAGCAUUGAAGACUACCAUUAAGCGAUUUGCAAAACAGACUGAUCAGUGGCUUGCUUCUACUCAUGCUAUCAACAACGCUAUCAAGGAAAUAGGAGAUUUUGAGAACUGGAUGAAGACAAUGGAAUUAGAUUGUAAAAGCAUUGCUGCUGCUAUCUCCAACAUUCACCAGUCCUAAAUAGCAUGGUUGUUGCCACAUCAUCUGGUACACAAUUUAUGACAUGGAAUUUUCCUUUAAUUCAAAUAAUUUUUAUUUUUAAGUUGUGAUAUUUGAUAUAAUUGUUGUAUGAGCAAGUUGUGUGAGAAGUUUGUAUGCUUUAAAACAUACAUUCUUACAAACAUGAUCCACUAUUUUUGCUUUUUAAGUUUGUUACCUUAAAUUUUUGUUUUUAAUGCUAGGGCUUGUUUGUUUCACUGAUUUAGAAGGAAUUUGGAGAAAUUGGAAUGUAAAUUCUAGUAAAAUUUGUCUUUGGUUGACAAAAUCAAAGGAAUUUGAAUUAUUUAAAUUUCAUGUUUGAAUGAAUUGGCC